AGAAAUAAUAACAACAAAAAAUAUGAAGCUUCCGUAACUCCCUUUGUCAAAUUUCCCUCCCUCCCUCGUUCUUUUGUGACUUUGUCCAUGUGCUGCAACCAUUACAGACCCGGAACCGCAGGAGCUCACCACCGCAAUCUCCACCGCAGGCUGCGAGUUUUACAAAACGGUUUCAUUCUAUCCCUAUCUUUCAGCCAAACUCUCAAUUUCAUAGAAAUCCCUUCUCGAGAUUCAGGGUCGCUGUUAAUUUUGUUGGGAUUUGUGUGGUGAAAUCUGGUUGUUUGGUUUUUUCUUCUUGGAACAAACAACUCCCCUGGCUUCAUUGAAGCUGGAACUCAACAACUCCCCUAGUUGAGUGGUUUUAUGAGUUUUGGUAAGGGAUGGUAAGUAAUCAGGAGGAUGGGGAGAAGAACCCAUCGAGAGGAGGAGGUGGGGGGGCUACCAGGUCAUGGGGCACAGCCGUUUCGGGUCAAUCUUUGUCAACUAGCGGAAGCAUUGGGUCACCUUCCAGCCGGAGUGAGGCUGCCAUGGCCACAACAGCAAGUGCAAGCACUUUGUCUCUGAUAAGUAGCAUUGAUCUUCAUGCUGAUGACGCUGGAUCCCAAUCCGCUGCAGGGAAAAAGAAAAGAGGUCAACGAGCACCAGGAGGGGAUAAAUCUGGCAGAGGACUGCGGCAGUUUAGCAUGAAAGUGUGCGAGAAGGUGGAGAGCAAAGGAAGAACCACAUACAAUGAGGUAGCGGAUGAACUUGUAGCUGAAUUUUCUGAUCCUAUCAAUGGUGUUUCAACUCCAGAUCAGCAACAAUAUGAUGAGAAAAACAUUCGACGCCGUGUGUAUGAUGCUUUGAAUGUUCUUAUGGCAAUGGAUAUAAUUUCGAAAGAUAAGAAAGAAAUACAGUGGAGAGGUCUGCCACGAACCAGCAUAAAUGACGUUGAAGAGUUAAAGACCGAGCGUCUUGGAUUGAGAACCAGAAUAGAGAAAAAAGCUUCCUAUUUAGAAGAGCUGGAAGAACAGUAUGCAGGUCUUCAGAACCUCAUGAAACGCAAUGAGCAGUUAUAUAGCUCUGGAAAUACUCCAACUGGUGGUGUGGCUCUACCAUUUAUAUUGGUUCAGACUCGUCCUCAUGCAAUGGUUGAAGUGGAAAUAUCAGAAGAUAUGCAAUUGGUUCACUUUGACUUCAACAGCACACCGUUUGAGCUACACGAUGACAAUUAUGUGCUCAAAGCAAUGAAAUUUUGCGAGAGGACAAAUGAUGACCUGCCCCGUGAUGGUGACAGUGGAGGGGUGAUCGAAAUGGAAGGUUCCUAUCAGAAUGGUCUUCUUCCACCUCCUCCUCCUAUACCGGCUGCUGCUGGCCGGCCCUUUGCAUCAUCAUCGCCUACUACUCUCCCUGGAAUACUAAAAGCCCGAGCAUUGAAGCAAGAGCAAUCUCCUUCAACGGCCACUACUUAAUAACCCUUUCCUUAAACAGCCACUAGCGGAUGAUCUUUGAAAGACUUGAAAGCGGCAUAAACAUUUGUUAAUUGGCAAGUCACUUUCUAGUCUUGACAGGAAAGAACGUAAUCUUAACCUUGUAAUGUAAAAAUAGAACAAUGUUGUCUUAUGACGUGUCGUUCUUGGGGAUAUUCCAUUUUAGAAUCUUGAUUAAAAUCUAGAGUCAUGCAAAUGUACUGUAUUACCCAACUAUUUUUUUAUUAGUACAAAUUCAUGAAAUAUUAUAAAAGGUUUAUUUAGUUCAAAAUUUAGAUUGGAG